AUGCCCAGUCUCAGCUCUGCAGUUUGUCUGAAAUGUGAAGAAAUCUAUGACAGCACAACCCGGAAAAUUUGCUCCGGCGCCUUGUGUAGCCAUUCGAUUUGCGAACCAUGUUUUGAUCAGAAAAAGUCUUCAACUUGUCCAACUUGCGGUAAACCUGAUUCUUAUGCAACCAAAAAUAUCAAUUAUCAAGCUAUGGAACUAUUGGAUCGAUUGAAAGAGAAUAUGUCAUUGAAAGUGAUUGCAGAAGGAAUAUCAGAUCCUGAGUCGCUAUCAAAAGGUCCGUGCUGUGAAUGCACCAACCAUUGUGACAAACUGCGUCUUUGUGUCAGUUGCUCAUUGGAAUCAAAUCUGCUUUCGAAAUCGGAAAAUGGAGACAUCAAAAUGACAACUGAAACAAACGGAGAACUAUUAGAAACCAAAAUCCUUCGACUCAAAAAUUCUGCGUUCUGUGCAAAUUGUGUCCUCGACAACAACUUGCACAUGGGACAUUCAACGGUCUUGGUUAAGGAUGUAAAAGGAUUGGAAAAUAAUACAUCGAUUUCGAAUGCGCUAUCGGUUGUGGCUCUUUCUUUGCAUCAAGUUAAAGAAAAAACUGAAGGUUUGAGUCAAAAAGGAAGAACAGCUGCGAGGUUUUUAGAAGUUGGACAGCAAAUUACUGAACUUUGUAUCCUAUUAAUGACAAAUUCUUUGAAAAUUGAUUCUAAUACGGCCAUUGACAAAAAUGUCGAUUUGGUCUCAAAGCUUUUCCUACGAUUGGGUGGUGCAUUUGGAAGAAUGAGAAUUUUUGAAGAUGCUCUAUCGAAACUCGAUAAUAAGAUCGAAACAGCCGAAUCUUCUCAAGAAAAAAAAGCGUUACAAAAUGUUAAGAAUACAAUACACAAAAUGCUUGGUCUGCUCAACACUGCUAAUGAUCUAUCGAAAUUGGGACCUGCUGACUAUCAACAGAUAACUGAAAUAUUGGAAUCUGGAACAUUGCAACCCAUUCUCGAUGUUUUCAAGUCGGAUAUGAACAAUACGGAAAAGGAAGAAACAUUUCAAGAUUUGAUGACUAUGGCGAAGGAUAUCAAAAGAACCAUCCCGUUCAAAAUUCCACCGCAAUAUGAGAAGUACGCGGAUCUGGCGGGUAGUUGUUUCAACGCAUUCUUUCGUUAA